AUGGCAUCGGAUAAACAAAAGGCGGAAAGAGCCGAGGUCGCGGCGAGACUCGCGGCUGAAGACUUGCAUGACAUCAACAAAACCGGUGGUGGUGACGUCACGAUGUAUAAGGUGACGGAGAGAACAACGGAACAUCCACCCGAGCAGGAGAGGCCAGGAGUGAUAGGAUCAGUGUUUAGAGCUGUGCAAGGAACCUACGAGCACGCAAGAGAUGCGGUAGUCGGAAAAGGCCAUGAUGCGGCCGAGUCUACAAGAGAAGGAGCUCAGAUAGCUUCAGAGAAAUCGGCUGGAGCCAAAGACGCAACCGUCGAGAAGGCAAAGGAUACCGCUGAUUAUACGGCGGGGAAGAUGGGCGAGUAUAAAGACUGUACUGUUGAUAAAGCUGCGGAGGCUAGGGACAAGACCGCCCAGAAGGCGAAGGAGAUGUCGGAUUAUACUGCGGAUAAGGCGAUAGAGGCGAAGGAUAAGACCGCGGAGAAGGUGGGUGAAUACAAAGACUACACGGUGGAUAAAGCCGUAGAAGCGAAGAAUAAGACGGCGGAGAAGGCCAAGGAGGCGGCGAAUUAUACAGCGGAUAAGGCCAAAGAGGCUAAGGAUAAGACUGCUGAGAAGAUGGGUGAAUACAAGGACUAUACGGUGGACAAGGCCGUGGAAGCUAAGGAUUACACCGCGGAGAAGGCGAUUGAAGCGAAGGAUAAGACGGCGGAGAAGACAGGAGAGUAUAAGGACUACACGGUGGAGAAGGCAGCAGAAGGUAAAGACGUUGGGGUAAGUAAGCUUGGAGAGUUGAAGGAUAGUGCGGUUGAUACGGCUAAGAGAGCUAUAGGGUUUUUGUCGGGAAAGACGGAAGAAACAAAACAGAAAGCUGUGGAGACCAAAGACACUGCCAAGGAAAAAAUGGAGGAAGCUGGAGAAGAAACAAGAAGAAAGAUGGAAGAGAUGAGAUUGGAAGGUAAAGAACUCAAAGAAGAAGCUGGAGAAAAGGCACGUGAGGCCUCACAAAAGACUAGAGAGAGUACUGAGUCGGCUUCUGGAAAAGCCAACCAGACCAAAGAUUCUGCUGCUCAAAGGGGAAAUGAAGCGAAAGGGACUAUAUUUGGUGCAUUAGGGAACAUGACCGAAGCUAUAAAGAGCAAACUGACAAUGCCAUCGGACAUUGUGGAGGAGACACGCGCGGCGCGUGAGCACGGUGGCACUGGGAGGACGGUGGUUGAAGUGAGCGUCGAAGAUACAAAACCCGGUAAAGUGGCUACUUCACUGAAAGCGUCCGAUCAGUUAACCGGUCAAACAUUCAAUGACGUUGGACGGAUGGAUGAUGAAGCUCGGAAAGAGAAGGGAAGGCUCUGA